AAACGACGUAGUAUAGAAAGGGGGGUGUAGGGGAAGCUGCAUACAUUAGAGUUUAGGGAAAAAUUUGUAUUUUGCGGCAAGUCACAAAAUUUCAGUUGAUCCAACAGUUUUUAUUUUUAUUUAUUUAUUUAUUUUAUUAACGAGACCAGAAUAAUAUAGUAGCCCAAGAUACUACAAAUUCUUCAAUUCAAUCAUCCAAAAAUGGGCAAGUGUAAAAAUAUAACCCCUUAUCCUCAAAUUGAAAGAUACUACUUGGGUUCGCAUUCCCAAUCUCCCAGUGGAAUACUUUGACAUCAAUUUUUUGAACAAAAUUGGUUCUAAAAUUGGUAAAGUGCUCAGAGUUGAUAAAACCACGGCACAAGCUGAGAGAGGUCAAUUACUCGCAUUAGUGUUGAAAUUGAUCUCACUAAACCCUUGCUAUCAAAAUUUUGGUUAAAAGGGAGAAUUUGGAGGAUUCAAUACGAAGGAAUUCGUAUGGUAUGCUUCAAGUGUGGGAAACUUGGGCAUGCUGAAGCUGAAUGUAUGCCAAUUGAAGAAAAUACCGAAGGAGGUGAUAUGAUAAUUCAUAACAAGCCUGCACCUGAUCAUCAGAAGAAACCAGAAGAGAAGGAGAAUUUUGGUUCUUGGAUGCUUGUCAAAAAGCCUGUUCGUAAGAGAAAUCCUAAGCAAGACAAGACUGCUGGGAUUGGGAACACCAAUACUGGUGGCGCGUUGGGAAAGGACAAAAGGGGUGAAAGUGGUGCUCAGCCACGUAUGUCCAAUAAUUCAGGAAAUAUUGGAGAGAAUCAGGGGAUUGGGUCAAGAUUUUCAAUUCUUGAUAAUCAAGAGGAGGAUAUCUUGGAAGCCGAUAUGGGAGAAGAUAAGGAAGGUGAACAAAAUAACGAAGGGAAUAUUUUUGGUACAACUAAUUUAGGGGAUAAUUCUCAGAAAUUUUUGCCAAAUAUUGCCUUUUCAUCUUUUGAUAAGGAGAAAAAUCUAUCCGCGAAUAAUGCGAAAAAUAAAUCAAAAAAAAAAUUCCUUCCAAAGUUUAUCCUGAAAAGAAAAAACAAGUUGAGAAGCAUGUGAAGCCUCUAAGAGCAUGUUUGGUAUGGGCUUUUUAUGGGGUUAGUAACGGAAUCGGGUUACCGUUUCCGUUAGAAGAUGUUUGGUUAAAGAGUUAAGUAAUAGAAACCGUUUCCUUCCUCUAACCCAUUCCAUUACUUUGUUUCCACUGUAAAACUUGGGGAAACAAAUCCCGUUUCUUUCCUCUAUCUAUUCUCUCUCCUCUCAUACAACAGAUCUCCCCACAAUCCUCAACUUUGAUCGAUCGAAGCCACAAAUUCGCUGAAGAAUUCUAAAUUUCGUACUUCAAAUUUCCAGAAAUCAACAAACUCAAGACUCAUAAGAAAGCUAAGGGGUUGUAUGGAGUUCCAUUCGUUCAUUAUGAAACUCUAGCAGAAAUAUAUGCAAAAGACAAAGCUACCGGAGAUGUAAGUGAGUCAUUCGUUGAUGCCAUAGAAGGUAUUGAUCAAGAUAUUGAUAAGCAACCAUUGAUUGUCGAGAGUGAUGAAGAAGAUGAUGUGAAUUCUACUAAUUUGGACACUUAUUCUUCUACAAGUCAAUCCAGAAAACGCCCCGUGAAGAUAGAGGAUGAUCAUAUAACUCCUUCAAAAAUGGCAAAACGCUCUAUAAAGGCAAAGGAGGUUAAGGUGAAAGGAAAGAACAAGGUAAAUUUGAAGAGUUUGUGUAGGAAUGAUGAUGAUGAUUUGGUGGCCUCUCUCCAUGAUGUUUCCAACAAUUUUGGGAAGAUAUUUGAAAAUAUCAAUGUUAAUCUCGGGACUAUGGCUAGUGCAUGGUCUAAAGCGGAAGAAAGGGAGCAAAGGAUGGAUGAAAAGGUGAACAAGGUAUUGGAUGAGGUGAUGAAGUUAGAUGACAUUUCUCCAUCCGAAGCUUUAGAGGUUGCUACUAUUCUCAUGGCGGAAGAACAUAAGCUUCGUAUCUUCUAUCAAGCACCAUUUAACAUGAAAAAACAAUAUGCAAAUUGAUCUUCUUAAGAAGAAGUAGCAUUUGAUUGUUGUCAUGUCUUUGUUUUUUUGUUGAACAUUUGCAACUUGAGCAAUACAAGUUAUGUGUUGGGAUUAUUCAUAUAAUGAUGGACAUAUUAUUAGUCAAUGUUUGGAUAAUUAAUGAGUGCCAACUUUGCUUUGUAUAU